CUCCCGGGGAGUCGUUCGCGUUGCAGAUUUAAAAUCUUUGAAACAGCUAAAUAAUAACUUACAGUUAAAGUGAUUUUCUAUUUAAUUGAAGAACUAUCAAUAAACCAUGUCCGAGAAUAAUCUUGGUGACGAUGAUGAGCGCGAAAUAUUAAAAUCGAUCAAUAAUGAUGCAUCAGCUUUUCGAGUAGCGGUAGAUCUGCAGCGAUAUUUUAAAGAUAAUCGCGCCCGUUGUUAUCUGAUGGUCGCAAGCAAAGGUUACGUGCGCUAUCUGGAGCAGCGGAUAAAAACGGUCUUCGAUUUGCGCGGCCCUUUUUGUCUGUGCACCGAUGGAUACCUGUUGCCGUCGUCCGAACCACUCGCCCUGCUCGCUCCUGGAGAUGUUAUAGAAGUUGUACCCCUUGAAGAAACACAAGAGAGUUCUCCUCCAGCCGUACAUGUAAAAGAAGAGAAAGAGGCGCCACACCAGGAGAAUUCCCGUACAGCAGUCGACGGCAGAAUGAAUGACCCGUAUUUUCUUGAGCUAUACGCGCGCCGAAGACAAACUUUGGAGGCUUUACGAAUCGAGCAUCGCUUCUUAUUAAACAUGGAUCUGUUGCGCACGGAGAGACCUGAGGCACCGCCGCGCCGAGUGCGUUGGGGAACGCGCAGCCCGGAGCCGCGAGCUGAGCCGCAAAGGGACCAGCCAUAAGUUACGUCACAGUCUCAGGGGGGGGUCAGGGGACCCACGAAGUGUGACUGGGGGUGGGGAGGAGAUCAAUGUUUUGUGACAUCUCAUUUCAAAAUAUAAUAGCUGUGUUGGAUAUUAAAAGGAAAUAAAAAUAAAAUCGAAA